CACGCACGCGCUCACAAACACCUGCGCAGGUGUAAAGUGCACAAACAAGUGAGGUCACAUUCCUUCCUCAUUCUGCAGCCAGUCAUACUGGGUUUAGUUUCCCUGUAAAUCAUUGGAGUGUAUCGGUUUGCACUGACUGUACCGGCUCAGUGCACACCUUUUCUCCUCCUCCUGCGCUACAUGUUUGUUUUCAGGUUAUUGUAGUGGAGAAACAUCGGGUUUCUGGCAGGUGCACCAUCGGUCUGGGGCACCGUACAGAGCCAACUAAGCUGACAGGCCGGUGGAGGAACACAGGAGCUGUCAGGGCUGAAAAUGUUGGUGUUAGUGGUGAAAACAUGACCGCUUCAUACAGAUAUGUGGAUCAUAUUCCUUCUGUUCAACUUGGGGGCUCUGUGCAGCACAGUCUCUUCAUCUCCUCCGAGCCCCGUUGAUGUUGCCUUCUCUUCUGUCAAUCUGAGGAAUUUGCUGCAGUGGUCUCCGGGAAAUGGCACACCUAAUGACACGCAUUAUACAGUGCAGUACGCCAUCUAUGGGCAAAGUAUUGUGGGCACCAGAGGGAAACGGGUGAACUGGAGGUCGGUGCGGCACUGUACAGAAAUAGUGCGCUGCUGGUGUGACCUAAGCAAUGAGACGUUGGAUCUGGAGGAGGGAUACUAUGCCAAGGUUCGAGCUGUGAGCAAGAGAGCAUCCUCCAAAUGGGCCUGGACAUUGAGGAGAUUCGAGCCAAAGUCAGACACCAUAUUCGGCCCUCCACUGGUUAUGGUGGACAUGGAGGAUAACAAUGCCAUAAUUACCAUAAAGGGACCAAUGAGAUAUCAGCCAAACAACCAAACCCCAGCUGUUUCCAUGGCAUCACUCUACAACCAGAUGACCUACAACAUGUCGGUGCACAACAUCCGUAGCAGUCUGAUGAGCCAUUUCCCAGUCGUCUCCAGUCCGUACAAAUAUCGCCUGAUGGAAUACAACACGAAGUACUGCUUCUCUGCCAAGACAAGGUUUCUCUCCAUGCCUGUCAACUGCCAGCCCUCAGAGUGGCUCUGCAUAACCACACCUCCAGACCCUGUGAUGGCCCAGCUGAAGUGGAUGGUUGUGGGAAUUGUUGUUCCAACUGUAUGCAUGUGUAUACUGGUGGUUAUUGGCUGCAUUCUCUAUCAGUACCUGACAGGGAAAGGACAGAAGAGCCCAUAUACACUGAAUCCACCAUCUUUUCAUACGCCUCCUCUGACAUUAGUCCUUGAGACUCCCAGCGUCGUCCUCAUCAAAGUCGGGCUACCACCAGAAUUCAUGAGCAUUGUGUCUGACUCUGCGUACCCUAAAAAGCAACAUAUCGUGGAACCCCCACCCAGAUACACUUCCCAAGGGUUGGAAACACCUCAGGAGUUCAUGGAACCCAGUGAUGAUCUAUCCUUGGACUAUGCUUUUGUCUGCAAAGCUUCAGAAACUCAUACCAGAGAGGAAGGUGAAGAAAGAGAAAGAAGGUAUGACAGAAGAGAAGAUGGAAAUAAUCGGAGAAGUCACUGUGCUGGAGCUUUCAAUCCCCAAGCAAAGUCUUAUCCAUCUCAGAAGUCGAUCAGCACAUGCUCAGAAGCACUCAUGCCAACACUUACACAGAAAGAGGUGAGCACACAGGCACACACAUGUUUACCGGUAAAUUCAGUUUUUCUGAACCAGAGUCAGGCUCCCUCAUUUACUCUGCAAGGUGCAGCAGAGAGGGAUAGAAAGGGGGAGAAAGAGAAAGAGUUUUCAGGUUUGUUUAUUUGCAAAGUUCCACAAACUAGCCUCUUCAAUAGUCCUCUUAAUGUAAAAUCAGAGGCAGAGGAAGGAAUAGAGGAAGAGAUGGUGAGUGGGAAUGAGAGAGCACCCCUCCUUUCAUUUUAUGCCUCUCAGAGCACCUCCCAAUCUGACCAAUCAAAUGACCUACCUGAUGACUACGGUAUUCUCAGACCGGCUGAAGCACAUAAAAUAGAGGAAGAAGUGGAGAAGGAUGAGGAAGAAGGCGGAUCUAUUUGCAUUAAUUGGGACCCCAAGACUGGGAAACUAGUGCUGCCAGAAAUGGGGAUGGCGUUCAUGAAGGAAGAUGAUUUGAUGCAGGGGGAGAAAGGGAGGGAGAACCAGAUUGGAGAAGAAGAGCAGGUGGAUGGGAUGAAGGGUGGGUUGAGGUUGGAAAAUGUGUUUGUCAGACAAGGGUCUGAGGAAAAGGCAGAGGCUUUGAGAGAGAUGGAGAGAAGAGAGGGAAUGGAGUGGGAGGCAGAUGAUCUUUUGAGCAAAUGGGACCUGGUGGUCUCGAUGGACCAGUAGAUGAUAUUCAUCAAUAUAUAUUUGAGCUAUCUUACACUAACACUGUUUUUCUGCACUUACACUGCACUCUAAUAAGAAAAUAAAGAUCUCUGAAGUGUCCUUUACAAGAUCAGUUUUAAUGAGAAUACAUGUCAUUAAACUGAAUUCUUAGGAAGCAGUGUGUUCUGUAGAAGGGUUUUUCACCUUUAGAAAUCACUGCUUUAUUAUUAUUACUAUUAUAAUGGUUUUGACCUUAACUUUGGAUAACCGCUAAUAGUAGACUCUGAUCUUGAAAUGAAGUCAAAUGCAUAAAAGUUCUUACUGAAACUCACUGUUUUAAUGUUGGCUGAUAUGAUGGUUAAAAUAUCUGAUGUCAACCCAAGUUAGCACUUAUUGGCCUUCCUUGAUUUGUGCCUUUGAUUGUUUUCCUUCAACUUUAUCCAAAUGAUAUAUAAUAACUUCAACACAAAUAGAAACUUCUUUGUGACUGUGAUCUUUUGAGUUUCGCUCAUUCAAUUCGGAAAUCUACGUUUGUGUUUUCGCUCAGUUUUGCAGUUUGUUUUGAUUUUUUUAUGUGGCCACAGUUUAGAUGCUCAGUGACCGUACAUAUCCCUGUUUACAACAUUUGAAGGUUGUAAGUAACUUUAGUUUAUUCUGUUCUUGUUUUAGUUCAAAGUGAAGCACUUGGUUUUCUCCACCAGUUCAAAUUUUGAAUUGUUUAUAUUUUACAAACCUAUUUAGAGCAGUAUUUGUUUUAGGGCUGAAUCAGAGAGAAAUUGUUGUCUCAAUUUCACAGGCACCAGCCUCAAUACCUGUCUAUUUCGGAAUAUAUUACAAAAAUGAAGGACUUAUCAAAUAUGUGUGUCUUAUUGGUUUAUAUGUUCACAAGUAAUGAAGGUGAUCUGGAUGCUUUUUAUGGUGAAGAUGCCAGACCUGUGGUUUAUUCUAUUAUCAUGCGCAUUUGUUGUUGAGCUAAAAUGUCCAGAGGCUUUUAAAGAUAUUGUAUUAUUAUAAGUUAUUUCAUGUAGUUAUUUGCUGCUGUUACUGCUACAUACAUCAAUAUUAGUUUAAAAUCCACAAGUUACUGCACAAUCCAUUAUGUCACCUGUGCUGUGUUUCCACUGUUUUGUCUUCAGAAUGUCAUAUUUCACGAUGUAAAAUGAUACUUAUGGCUGUACUUUUGUGUUCAGUUUGUUUUGUUUGUUUUAGUUUUAGUUUUCCCACACAUGAAGUCAUAACUUAUCGUACUGCAUGAAUGAAGGAGCUUGCUGAUGCACUUUUAUCUUCACACUUACUGGCAUUGUGCAGUCUCAGUUAUCACUUCAGGAAUUUUCUGGUUUUGAAUUACUGUAAAGUUCCUUCCUGCUAACAGUAAGGGACAAUUAGAGGACUCUACAUUUAGUUUCAGAUUUAUGUAUUUACACAACUCAGGUAUCUGCUGUAUGAUGACAAGUUUGACGCUGUGCAUGAAGUUUUAUAAAGAUUUUACUUUGGGAAAUCCAUCAGUGAGAGUUUGUAUGUUGCAAGACAGAAUUACUGUGUAUUCAAAAUGAAUAAUAAUAAAGUGAAAAUGGUAAAUCUUU